AAUGAAAACCAUGAAGAGCCCAAUAAUGCGUGCAUAGAUGGCUUCUCAAGCGCAGGAGAGAGAGAUGGCAGUGGAGGAGAAGGGCAAAGGAAGUGAGAGAUGGAGCGGAGCCACAACCAAUCUGACGGAGAUGGCUUCGAAUCUGGAGUCACUCCAGAAGCUACUCCUCAAGAAAGCAGUCUUUGUCGACGAAGAGACUUUUGCCAAAGCCUCCCUCAGCUCCGAACAGGCCCGUGCCAUCAAGGUUCUUGAGCAAAGGGUAGAGACUUUGGAAAGAGAACUCGAUGCUGCCAUUACAGCUGCUGCUCGUGCUCGUUCUGAAAAACGACAGGCUGAAGCAGCUCAGAAAGCUGCUGAAUUACAUGCACAAGAGAUCACAAGAGAGCUUGAGAACACCACAAAGGUAUUUGAGCUGCAUAUGGAAGAGUUGCGCGCAAAGCAGGAAGAAAUCGCAAAGCGGGAUAAGGAUAUUAAACUCCUGGAAGCGAUUAUUCAAACACUUGGUGGGAAAGCGUCACGUUCUACAAAUGGGUAAAGGCGGGUCUUCAAAACAUGAUUGAGAUCCACAGUAAUUACUUAGCAAUUUAGGUAGGUAAUGUAAGAGGCUCUAUAUGGAACUUACUUGCCCAAAUAAAUUUGGACUGCCCAACCACCUAUUUGGGCAGGUGGGUCCCAUAUGAAGUUUUUCACAUCACCUACAAUUUUCGUGGAUCCUUAUACGAGCAAGAUAGUUUAUAUGACAUAUCUUUGUCAAUUCAAGAUAUAAGAUCAGUUUGAACAUGUGUAUUCUUAGAUAUAAGAACAGUUUGAACAUCCGCAUUCUUUAAUAUACUAUUUGCUUCGUUUUCA